AUGUCUAUUUGGACGUUGACGAUUUGCAUUAUGUUGGCAAUAUCGGGUUCGAAUUUUCCGGCGAAUGUGAAUGUAGCACUUGCAAUAGUAGUAGUUGUGGCUUUAUUAUUAUUUGCAUUAGAGGUCUUGGUGAAUUUAAUGUUUGCGUACUUUGAUAAUGUUCGUGCUAAUCGUUCUUUCUUUAGAGUGCCUGUGAUUGGAUGUCUAUUUCGAGCAUUUUCAAGAUGGUCGGAGAAAAGAAAGUCUUGGGAGCCUAUAGUUGUUUAUGAUGUUGAGAAUGAUAUAAUCCAAUUGAUAGCAGCAAAGAGACAUAGAUCUCUAAAGAUAAGUACUCCUAAACAAAGUAAUAGAAGAAUUAAUACAAGAGAGAGACAUUACUUUCUUAAAGUCAUGGCGGAGACACUUGGUUUUGCUGUUGUGCAUAUGAAGUUAGAUGUUAUACCCGGUACAUUCUUAGAAUUUGUAUUAAGACUAGGAUUUGCUUUUCAUAAAGUUGAAGAAGAGACACAAGAAAGUAAUAAAUCUCUACAAGCUAUUGCUAGAGGGGAUAUCUCUAUGUUAGCUGAUUGGUCUUUACAACAAAAACAAAAGCUAUCAAGGAGAGGUGAAGCAGUUAAAAAAGAAAAGAAUAAUAAUAAAACUGAGCCUCUUGAAGGCUUCUUUAGAAGAAUAGAGAAGCGGCUUGCAGGAGAUCAGAAACGAAUUAAAAGAAGAAGGUUAAAAGAUAUUGAAGGAGGCUGUUCAGCUAGCGACUUAGAGCAAGAGAAGGAUGAUGAAGAUGAUGAUGAUGAAGAUGAAGAAGAAGAAGAAGAAGAAGAAGAGGAAGAAGAAGAAGCAGAAGAUAAAGAACAAGAAGAUAGCGAGACAGAAAGAAGCAAGCAAAACAGUGAAGAUCCAAACACCGAGAAAAAAUCAUCACCGAACGUCGAGCGUUUGAUGUCUGAGUUGGGUAGAGAAGAGCAAAGAGAGUCUGCAUAUAUAUUUGAUAAUGAAGUAAUGGAGUGCGGCAUGCCUUUAUCAGAGUUAUACCUUGCUUUAUUAAAGCUGCAGCUUGAAGAUGCAGCAACAAUCAGCCACCAAUAUGAAGAGUUUAGAGCAAGAAAAGCAGCUUAUUUAGCGAGAGCAGCAGAGAAAUUACGCUUAAGAAAUAGAAAGUUAAAACUUAUCAGAUAUGCUCUGCAUGCAGCAGCAACAGGUGCAGCAGAUUCAGAUAUUGAAGCAUUAGGAUUUACAUCGGAGGCAUUCAAACAAAUACAGCAAAAUGUUGAUGAGCUUAUUACCCAACAGAAACAUUUGAAGGAGACUCUUAACCGUCUUAAGAAUGAGCCUGACUCUUAUCAAGGUGAAGAUCUUGAAGUUGAGUGGAUAGAUGAUAAUACUAAAGGAGACGCUGAUGCUAACAAAGAAGAAGAAGAAGAGACAGAUAAAACUCUACAAGAUGAUAAUAACCAGCAAACCACCAAUGCCAUCAGCAACGGCAGCAGAAGCAGCAGCAGGAAAGGCAGCAUCAGCGAACAUAGCGAAUCUUCAGAGACAGAUGAAGAAGAAGGAGAGAGAAAGCCUAUAUAUCUCAUCGGCGCAGAUGCAGACGAGUGGGCUGAAGGAGACUAA